AUGUUUGCGAUCGACAGCAAGACCAAAAUGCGACAGGCAGUCGGCUCCAAUGAUAGGCAACUGGAUGUCAGCCUGGAUAAAGAACUGUUGGAAAUGGCGGCGAAGUCCAAGAAAAAGACCCUGGAUUUGUUCUAUCAGUGCAAAAAUAAGUUGGCGCCCAAGGCCUGCACAGAUGACGAGUUCGUGCAGACAAUGCUAUUACAGAUUCAGAAAUUUCCAAACCCAUCGCAAAGCAUCGCGAACAAUUCUACGGAAUUCGUUUGUCCCGAAUGCGAUUUUGUUGCCGGAUCUAUGUCAGACAUAUCAGCCCACUUUGAUUUGAAGCACUCAGUAGAAGCCAGCUUCUCAUGUACAUGUGGUUCUUCCUACGAUCGAAUGCCAGAUUUUCUGAGGCACUACAUUACGUGUCCUACAGCUGCGACAGAUUUGCAGGAUCCAAGUCAUUCAAAAGCCUCAGACCCUCCUAAAGCCUUAAAAGCGGAAGCGGCUGGGAAUGGGAACAGCCCGGAAAAUACUGAGACCGAUAGCACGAACUUUUUCUCCACCUACAGGCAUCCUCCGGUUGUGCCCAUUAAAGGUCCUUCAAACGAAAAGCCUUUCGGCUGUCCUCAAUGUCCUAAGGGAUUUAAAAGCAAAUCGCUUUUAGAGCAACAUAUGCAUUUGCAUUAUCCUCCGAGAUACAAGUGUCGGUGGUGUGGAAAAGUUUACCGUUGGCCACCUGUCUAUUAUCACCACAUGCGGAUAUGCAAAAAACUGCCUUCCUCAAAAUCAAACCAUCUUCCUCAUCCAGAAGUGGACUCAACGCCAAAGGCUGAGUCCUACUUUGCACACGUCUCGAACUGCUCUCAGGUCCUGAAGACUCUGCGCGGCAGAUAUUCAAAUCUUCCUCCCACGGAUUUUUCGCCCCUCCCAUCUUCAUUAGAUUCCAAAUUAUCCGUUCCCCUGAAACCCGAGCUCCAGUCCCCCGAGCCACGCAUUUCACAUCGGUCCUCGAAAGUCUUUAUUUGCAGUAUAUGCAGCAAAGGAUUUACCUCGAAGUUGUCUCUGAAACAACAUAUGGAUGGCAAGCACAGGGCUGAGGGGAAGUAUGUGUGUCAAGUCUGCGGUAAGCGCUACCGGUGGGGAGCCUCUUUUUAUUACCACCGACGCACGUUCUUUCUUCAGCAGUUGAUGCGUGCAGGUUUGGGAAAGAACGCAAAGGUGGAAAUGGCUGCUUGCUCUAAGCACUGCCAACGGACGCAGUACCAGACACACCAGCCCAAUGUGUAA